CUUGCGCACACCGGACCUUUGAACGGACAGUGAUCGGAGUUCAGUUUUUUUCUCACUCGAGGGAAAUAAUUCCCAUUGGCUCAUGGCAAGAAGAGCCUGAAGUCGAAAAAAGCGGUCCCCUGGUUCUUGAAGUAAUGUUGCCCCCAGUGCUUUGCGGGAAUUUGGUGAAAGCUGUUGUGUAAGAACAUUGCGGACAGCAGUCCAUCGUUGGGUGGGGAGUCCACUCGCCUCAGAUCUCGAAACCGUGGGGGUGCCAACCGAACUCUUCAAGAACCGGACUUGUCAGAGUCACUUUUUAUUUGUUAGGCUAGUGUUGCCGGUGGUGAGAAGCUUGCUGUUAUAAGGUCUGUGGUUCUCGGUGGAUGUAACAUCUCCGUGAACUGGUUCGUCUUGAAGAUGAUUAGCUCCGAUGUAUCCGCGGAAGAACAGUUGACAUUGUGGAUGACCGUCCAAUCCCAGGUUUUUCCCAUCAUCUGAACUACAGAGAGCAGCAUGUCGAACCAGGCUGAUAGACAGGAACGUAUAUGUCCGGCAGCUGGGCGGUAAGCUCCCGUGGGUCAUGGCUGACUGACGGAGGUUGCUGUCAAUGUGGGCAUUGGUGGGAUCCGGCGCCGGAACCUUCAAGUUCGUCCAAAUGCGCGCGGCGGGUCGAUGUCUGCGGUUGUCUGUGCCGUGCUUCCCCCAAGCGGCACCUUGGGGGCACUGGUGUUUCGAAACCAACAAGUUGAUGAAUCCGAAGCAGUACGUGUCGGGCUAAGAAAAGGAUGUAUGUAGGGUCUGCUUUGGCUCGAGGAUUCCCAACAAAAACCCGGGACCUUGCUCCCAAUGAGAAGCUACACAGUCGAGAUGCCCCGAGCGACGGUGAGAUUUGUCACUCGGUCCAGCCGCCCAGUUGAUUCCCACGCGAUGGCAGAUCGUGGAACAGAAGCCAAGUCCCCACGGUCCCCCAAGCUCCAAGCUCCGGGGCGGCGAAACCGAUAGCUUCAUCAGACGACUGGGAGGAUCUGAUAAAAAUACAAAGGCACCUCCUGGGUUGUCCCCUCCUUCUGGAGCCAGGCAAGGGAGCACAUCCCGGUCAUUGGGGGCAACCUGGAAGCUUCCCAGUGUCCAAGGGCUCAGAAGAAGAGGUGAUGACGGGAGGAGGUGGCACGUUACGGGCAUUUUCAUUUCAGUUGGGUCGUGAGGCGGUCAUGGUCACGGUCGAGGUAACUGCCUGAGUAAGCCCCGCGUCAAAUUAUCCGCUGUGUGGGAGUCUCCCGCCAGGCCAAGCUGCCCGCUGUCCCGCUGUCCGCUGUCCGCUGCACGCACUUGAACAAUGACCCUCCCCCUCCGACCUCGAAAGCUCGGGUCCUCUUAAAAGUUUCGUCAUUCAGUCCGCCAUUUCUCCCCUCCCUCUCUGACUUUCUCCAUAACAAAUCCCCCUGGCUGAGGAUUACUCCCUUCCAUCAAUUCUGCUCCGGACAGCACCUCUACAACUUCACCUUUUGCAUCUUGACCGUUUCCCCUGUCGCAGAUUUCCUUCACAAUGUCUGGCGCUGUAAAGCAGGAAGUCAGGGCGUAUUUGCGCUGUGCUCGAGUCAUCGGCGUGCGAGAGAGAGAGGAGGUAUGGCCUCACUCCAGCCAAUGCCGGUGCAAUGCGCCUGUCGUUUUCUACUACAACAGCUUUGCCGGUGACGGAGUGCUUUACCUAUCUACACCUACUGAGUCCCCCCUCCUCAGCGCCCGCCUGGCGAAUAUCAACGUCGGCGGCGUUGUGAACGCUGCUGGCUCCCUCCUUAACCUCCAAUCCCAAAGAAAUGCUAACAGUGAUGAUGGUGGAAGUGCUGAUCUCGGCCUCAUCGGCCUGGCCGUCAUGGGCCAGAACUUGAUUCUGAACAUGGCCGACCAUGGCUUCACCGUUUGCGCUUUCAACCGUACCGUUUCCAAGGUCGACCGCUUCCUUGCCAACGAGGCCAAAGGCAAGAGCAUUGUCGGCGCUCACUCUACCGAGGAGUUCGUUAAGAAGCUCAAAAGCCCCCGCCGCAUCAUGCUUCUCGUCCAGGCCGGCAAGGCUGUCGAUGACUGGAUCGAGACCCUCCUUCCCCUUCUCGAGGCUGGUGACAUCAUCAUCGAUGGCGGUAACUCACAUUUCCCCGACUCCAACCGGAGAACAAAGUACCUUGCCUCCAAGGGUCUCCGCUUCGUCGGUGCCGGUGUCUCCGGUGGUGAGGAGGGUGCCCGCUACGGCCCCUCCAUCAUGCCCGGUGGUGAUGAGUCAGCCUGGCCCUUCAUCAAGGACAUCUUCCAGAGCAUUGCUGCCAAGAGCGGUGGUGAGGCUUGCUGUGAGUGGGUUGGUGACGAGGGUGCUGGUCACUACGUCAAGAUGGUGCACAACGGUAUCGAGUACGGUGACAUGCAGUUGAUCUGUGAGGCGUACGAUAUCAUGAAGCGCGGUCUCGGCAUGUCCAGCAAGGAGAUUGGUGACACCUUCACUAAGUGGAACAACGGUGUCCUCGACUCUUUCCUGAUCGAGAUCACCAAGGACAUCAUGUACUUCAACGAUGAGGAUGGCGAGCCUCUUGUCGAGAAGAUCCUCGACAAGGCCGGCCAGAAGGGUACCGGCAAGUGGACUGCCGUCAACGCCCUGGACUUGGGCAUGCCCGUCACCCUCAUUGCCGAGUCUGUGCUCGCUCGCUGCCUGUCUGGCAUCAAGGAGGAGCGUGUCAAGGCUUCCACCAAGCUCGAGUUUGUUGGCCGUGCCACCACCUUCGAGGGUAACAAGGAGCAGUUCCUCGAGGACCUCGAGCAGGCCCUCUAUGCCUCCAAGAUCAUCUCCUACGCCCAAGGCUUCAUGCUCAUGCAGGAAGCGGCCAAGGAGUACGGCUGGAAGCUCAACAAGCCCUCCAUUGCCCUCAUGUGGCGUGGUGGCUGUAUUAUCCGCUCCGUCUUCCUCAAGGACAUCACCGCCGCCUAUCGCAACAACCCCGACCUUGAGAACCUCCUCUUUGACGACUUCUUCAACAAGGCUAUCCACAAGGCUCAGCCCGGCUGGAGAGACGUCGUCUCCAAGGCCUCGCUCCUUGGUCUCCCCAUCCCCUCUUUCUCCACUGCUCUGUCGUGGUUUGAUGGCUACAGAACCAAAGACCUGCCCGCCAACCUCCUCCAGGCUCAGCGUGAUUACUUCGGUGCCCACACCUUCAGAAUCAAGCCCGAGGCUGCCACGGCUAAGUACCCCGAGGGGCAAGAUAUCCACGUCAACUGGACCGGCAGAGGAGGCAACGUCUCUGCUUCUACUUACCAAGCAUAA